AUGGUACAGAUGGAUACAGAUAGCUUACUGUUCGGAAUGUUGCUUGAACUAUCAGUAAAAACUCAGUACGGUUCCGUCAAAGAUGCGCCGUCACCGAGUUCGAAAAAAGCACAUCAAAGCAGGCAGUGCGCCUUUUGCGUCAAUCGAAUGGCAACGUCCCCGAUGGCGAAUACCUCCGGAAUUUACCAGAUUCAACCCGAAAACCCCUUCAAGCAACCGAUGAACGUGCUGUGCGACCAAGAGUACGGGUCCGGUGGAUGGACAGUGAUUCAAUAUCGCUUCGACGGUUCGGUAAACUUCUACCGUGGUUGGCAGGAGUACAAGAAUGGUUUCGGCAGUUUAGAGAGCGAGUUCUGGUUGGGCUUGGAUCGUAUCUUUCAGUUGACCGCUUCGAAACCACUUGAGUUGGUGGUUUUGGUGGUAGAUGUCAAUGGCGUCAGUACGUUCGCAAAGUACGAUCACUUCGAGAUUGGAGACGAUAGUCAAGGCUAUGUCUUGAAGUCUGUGGGCGCUUACUCCGGUACGGCUGGCGAUGAAUUGACAGACCUCGUAGGACAGAAAUUCACCACACUGGACAUUGAUAGUGAAAUAUUCGAAAUUUGUGCGUACACUGGAGGUUGGUGGCAUAAAGACUGCUUUAUGAGGUCUGUAGCAUGUUGA